GUGAAAAUAUUUAGAAGCGUUUUGAUUUGUUAUAAAAAUUUUUAAAAUUGACAACUGACGGCUAACUUCAGUAUUAUAUUGGAAAAUGGUUAUGAGUGGGACAUAAAGCUUACAAAUACAUAAUAAAUAGAUGUCAAAUACUUGCAUAAGUGUCAUUAAUAAAAUAAAUAACAGCUGACAGUUAUAAUCUAUAUUAAUUAAUUAAUUGUUGAUUUAUAUAUUACCUUGUUUUUUUAUUUAGUCACUACAUAUAUUUUUAUUUUAUUAUAAUUGAGUUGAAUAUGGCGCAAAGACCAGAUGACCAUCGACGAAAAUGGAACAGAGAGGAAUACGAGCGGUUGGCGCUCCAACGUCUCCAGGAGGAGAUCGCCGAGGAAGAACUGGGAAUUCCAAAGCAACCUGCAGUGAAGAGAGAACUGCUGAAACAGCGAGAUUAUAAAGUUGAUUUGGAGUCGAAACUUGGGAAGAGUGUGGUUAUUAAUAAAAACACACCUUCUUCGCAAACUGGAGGAUAUUAUUGCAAUGUUUGUGAUUGUGUGGUAAAAGAUUCAAUAAAUUUCUUGGAUCACAUAAAUGGCACUAAACAUCAAAGAAAUUUGGGAAUGUCGAUGAAAGUCGAAAGAUCGACAUUAGAACAAGUAAAAGCUCGUUUCAAUGCAAAUAAAAAAAAAAUGGAAGAAAAGAAAAAAGAUUAUGACCUGGAGCAACGAGUUAAGGAAUUAAAAGAAGAGGAAGAAAAAAUAAAAGAAUAUAGAAAGGAGAAGAGAAAAGACAAGAAACGGAAAAUUGAAGAAGCCAAUGAAGAAGAAGGUAGCGGUGGCGAUGAAAUGGCAGCAAUUAUGGGAUUUUCAGGCUUUGGAUCGAAGAAAAAAAAAUAAUUAAUAUAUUCAAAAGAAGUUACAUAUAUUUUAAAUUUUACGACAAAUUUAUAAUGUUUAACAUUACACUCAAAAUAACUAUCACAAAAAAUAGAUUGUGUUUUUCAUCUAUUAUUAGUUAUACACGUAUGAAUCACCAGUUUUAAUAAUUAUAUAAUAUUAAGUAGUU